AUGUCAGCAGUCAAGAGGAAAAUCCCGGCCAGCCUGCUGGAACGGCGUGUGAGACCGCGCUACGAACCAGAGCCAGAUUCCGACGAUCUCCAGGAGUAUGAUGACAGCAGCAGUGAGGCGCCCAGCGAAGAAGGCGUGCGCUCAGAUGAGUCCGGGUCAGAGUCUGACUCUGGGUCGGAAAGCGAAGAGAGUGAGAUGAGCGGGAGUGAGGAUGAGGGCUCAGAUGAUAGCUCAGACAGCGAAGCCAGCAAGAGUGAGGACGAGGCUUCCAAGUUGGACAUCUCUCGGUUUACCUUCGGCGCCCUCGCCAAAGCCCAAGAAGCGCUGAGCAAGCAGACGGAAGACUCGGGUGAUUCCUCCUCCGAGUCUGAUUCCGACGACGGCCGCAAAAAGAAGGACGGCAAGGACAAAAAGUCCGACCAGAAAAUCCCCAAACGCUCCAACAAGCACGCGCCCGUCGAGAUGAGCGCCAAAAAGCCCGUCUCCCGCAAGCGCGACUUCCUCACCGUCACCGCCGAACUCAAGAAGCCCAAACCUCGCGACCCACGGUUCCUCCCAAUACCCGGCACGCGCGGCUCGGGCAACCCCACCAUCGAAGAAAUCAAGGCCCGCAAGCGGUACGCAUUCCUCGACGAGUACCGCGAAUCCGAGAUGCAGCAGCUCCGCGAGGCCAUCGCCAAGACCAAGGAUGCGGCAGCGAAAGAAAAGCUCCAGCGCGCGCUCAUGUCGAUGGAGAGCAAGAAGAAGGCGCAGGAGAGGAAGGAUAAGGAGAGGGAGAUCCUGGCGGAGCACAAGAAGAGGGAAAAGGAGCUGAUCAAGAAGGGCAAGAAGCCGUUCUAUCUGAAGAGGUCGGAGCAGAAGAAGAGAUUGCUGGUCGAGCAGUACCAGGGUAUGAAGAAGAAGCAGGUGGACAAGGCGAUUCAGAGGAGGAUGAAGAAGAUUGCGGCGAAGGAGAGGAAGUUGUUGCCGACGGAGAGGAGGGGGAGGGAGGAUCGGUAG